UUUUAGGAGGUUCCAACUCGAAAAAGUCCCUUUACCCGGUUGGAUGUAAAGCCCCUCGAACUUCCGGCCUGGUGAUGGAAGUUCGAGAUGUUUUCCGGCCUGGUAAUGUGUUUUUUCAUCGGUUGGAUGGAAAUCCCCUCGAACUUCCGGCCUGGUAAUGUGAAAAGUUCGAACUCUAUUUAUUAUUGUGCCCCAAAAAUAAUUGUUUUUUUUUGUUUUUUUUUUUGUUUAUUUACAAAAAUUUUUUUGUUAUCAUUUUCCGGGUUUUUCUAUGUGUUCCUUAAAAAAUUUUGAGAGAAUAAAUAUUUUAAAGUGAUCAAUUUGUGUGAAAAGAGAAAUUGUUUAUUGCUGAUAAUUAAAUAUUUGUUGUUAUCUUUUUUAAUUUUUUUUACUUUUUUUUAGCUUUAAAAAGUCAAUGAAACAAAUAAAAAGAGAGAAAUUUAAUGAUAACUAUAAAAAGAAGGUGCCUUUUACAUCUGAAAGUAUUCAGCAAUUGAUUACAAAACUAGGGGAAGUAAAGGAAAGAGAACGAUUAGCAUCAAUAAGAGCAAGACUGGGCAAAGAAGUAAAACAGAUGAAGACGAAAAUAAAUCAAGGAAAAAAUGAGCAACAAGUCGAAACUGCAACAGUCAAACCAAAACUUGCUUCAAAUGAGCAACAAGUCGAUGUUUUAUCAGUCGAGCCUGAACUUGCUUUGACGAAAAUAAAAAAAGAAGAAAAUAAGCAGCAAGUCGAUACCUCAUCAAUCAAACCAAAACUUGAUCCAAAAGACGAUUUUCAACAAGUCAGUAACUCAUCAGUCAAACCAAAACUUGCUUUAUCAAUCAAACCAAAACCUGAUCCAAAGGACGAUUUUCGAGGCAAAAUAAUAACAGCAAAAUGGGUUUGGUUCAAUGGAUCGUUUCAACAAAAUGUUUUGCUUAAAAUAGAUAAAGAUGGUAAAAUUGAAGACAUAUUUAAAGAGGGUGAGUUGAUAAUGAUUGAAGAAGAUGCAAUUACUGAUCUUGGAGAAAUGGCUUUAUUACCUGGUUUUGUUAAUGCUCAUUCACAUGCAUUCCAUCGAGAACUUCGUGGACUCUCUCAAAUUGGAAAUGAGGGAGCUGAUAAUUUUUGGAAAUGGCGUCAAAAUAUGUACAAAUUGGUUGAGGAUAUUGACUAUGGAAAAUUGAAAAAGAUUUGUAUCGACACAUUUAGUGAGAUGUUAUCAGCAGGAAUUACUACUGUUGGAGAAUUUCAUUAUGUUCAUCAUUCAAAUAAAGCUGCUGGAUUUUUUGAUUUUGACAUGGCUGUAAUAGAAGCUGCUUGUGAAGUGGGCAUUAGAUUGGUUUUAAUUGAAACUCUUUACAUGCGAGCAGGAUUUUCUCAACCAGAUAUUAACCCUGAACAAUGGCGAUUUGCAAGUUCAACUGUUGAACAUUUUAUUGAACAUGUUGAGGAUUUGAGGGAAAAAUUGAAGAACAAUGACUUGGUCACUUUGGCGUUGGCAGUGCACUCUUUUCGUGCUGUUCCAGUACCAGAAGCAAUCAAAUUAUACCAAUAUGCUCAAAUAAAUAAUUUACCUUUACAUCUCCAUUUGGAAGAACAACCAGCUGAAUUAGAUGAUUGUCGUCUUGUUAAUGAAGGGAAAGACCCGGCAGAAGUUUUAUUAAAAAAUAUUUUGGUAAAUGAAGAAACAGAAGAGAUAGACAAUUCAUUAAUUACUGCUGUUCACUGUACCCAUACUAAACGCUCAAAUCUUGAUGAAUUUAUUAAAAGAAAAAUAAAUGUUUGUAUAUGUCCGUGUACUGAAGGUUAUUUGGGUGAUGGAAUACCCAAUUUAAAUGAAUUUGAUAAUAUUUGUUUGGGAACUGAUUGUAAUAAUAGAAUUGCUAUGUUUGAAGAAAUGCGUUGGCUUGUUUUUUGUCAAAAUAUGCGUACAAAUACUCGAAAUUGUGCUAAUUUAAAUGCUUCAAAAUUAUUUGAAUGUGCAACAAUAAAUGGAGCAAAAUCUUUGGGAUUAAUUUCAAAAAUUGGAGAUUUUGUAAUUGGCAAACAAAUGGAUUUUUCUGGUAUUUUAUUAAAAAAUUUCAAAUUAAAAAAUUUUUGUGAUGACAAAAAACUUUUGGAUUCUUUAAUUUUUGGGGGAGGAAAUGAAGAAAUUGGAAUGACUGGAAUUGGGGGAAUUAUUAAAUUUAAUAAAUAG